UUAUACUGGAUGUGAGAUUUAAGUAGAAAUUCUGAAGGAUUAAUAGAAUCCUUGACCUGCCUACUUUCUCUUAGUAAUGUUGAGAAAAAUGACAUAGAUGUACAAAUAUAUCUCUUAGAGUAUAUAUUACUAUGUCGCAUGCCUGGUUUAGUAUGCUGAUGGUUACAUGCAUUUCACAGUAAUUUGUUUGACAGUGAUUUAAAGUCUUAUAUUUAAAAUUUAUCAGCCAUUUUCAACUUCAUGUUUGCAGCCAUUUUCAUAAGUGUGUAUCAGAAAAAGUUGUCAUCUUAAUGCAUGAAAUCAAUUAGUGGAAGUUUGUUUUCAAAAUCGCAGCGAGUUAAAUUGAACAAUAGGCAAUCACCUAGCUGUCAGUCUCAGAAUGCAAUGUAAUGAAUGAAUUACGAUGAUUGAAAUGCUACUUCAUUUAGGAUGUGUGAAAAUGUUACAUUCUCAUUCUGGUUUACACUUCAUGCACAUACAUCAUUUUAACAUUGAUCUGUCUCUUACACUGGCUUGCAGAUAGCUGCCUUACGUGAUCAUUAUUGCCUGCUUUUCUCUGCGUAACAUUGUGACUUUAUGGCUGUAUUAGUUCGAAUAAACGCCUUCUCAUUUUAUUUUAGCUAAUUACUUAUGGUUAAAGUUCUUGCAGAUUUUUUUAAAAUAGUUAAUGCUCAAAAAGAUAAUAAUUUAAUCCAACAAUCAAAAGGAUCAGAAAGGGCGUUUAUUCCACUCUCUGCAAGUCAGGUAAGAUUUUCCUCUUAGCCACCAAAAGAACAAAGAUUUCCCGCUCUCAAAACAAACAUGCACAGGAACAUGUUAUUUUGAAAUGCAUUUUUGCUUGUUCAAGAAGAAAUUUCAACAGUUUGAAGAAAAGACCAGACAACGAACGAUUUUCGUGUCAGAAUCUUUUAAACAGAGCAUGGUGUUGCGUUUAUUCGAACAAAUAUGAAUUGUCCUCUGAGGGAGAAUCUGAACAUUCAGAAAGAGAUGCACGCGACGCCUUUUCAGAUUCUGAAGACUUCGACCACAGCUCCAUGGCUGCUAAACGAUAUGCAAGUAGAAUAUCUACAAGCUCCUGGCCCGAAUAUUUCAAGCCUUCUUUUACCCAAAAACUUACAUUUCAAUAUGUUUUAGAGGGCGAACCCGUUGUUUUCAUGUGUAAAUUAAUUGCCUGGCCAACUCCAGAAAUGACUUGGUUUCAUAACAACCGACCUAUCCCAACAGGUCUUCGACGGGUUAUAAAAACUGAGAGUGAUUUACAUCAUCACUCUUCCAGCUUAGAGGUUAAAAGUGUCCAGCACAGAGAUUCUGGAAGUUAUAGAUUAUUGGCAGUUAAUAGUGAAGGGUCCGCUGAAUCAACGGCAUCAUUGCUUGUUAUGCAAAAAGGGCAAGAUGAGAAAUGUUUAGAAUUUCUGAAAAGGGCAGAACAGACACAUGAGAAUAUGGAGGCUUUAGCUGAAAGGAGAGAAGACAGGAUAAAGGUAGGCCUGAGGUUUACGGGCUCUCCCUUUAACAAAAAACAAGAUGUAGAACAAAUGGGAUUGAUGCGAACUAUACACUUUAAGACAGUAAGUCCGGGCAAGAAAACUGACUUUCUGUGUGAUGAAGAAUAUUUAGAAAGUAAACCUGACCUAAGGGAAUGGCUUAAUGUAGGUGAAAGCUUCCUGGAUGAGGAGACCAAAACGAAGUUGCAACGUUUACGGGAGGCUAGAAAAAUCUUAACGGAGAAAAAGAAAUUAUCUCUUUCAGAAAUGUCAUCGGAAAUCAGCUCGAGAACUCUGAGAAGUGAAGCUAGCGAUAAAGACACUCUGCUGUCUAGAGAGGAGAUGGAAAGCAGGUCUGUAUCUGAUCUAGCCGAAGGCAGGGACAAGGUAGAUCCUUCAAGCGAGGGUAUUGUCCCAAAUCCACAUGUCCUUUCUAAUCAAAUGGAUCAAAAUGUAGCAUCUGGAGAACCUCCCACAAGCUUUCAAACUACUGUUGAUGAAGAAAUUCUCCAGACUGAAAUAAGAAUGAGCCAAGAGGCAUUUCUAAGAGAAAAUCUACAGAAAGACCAUUUAUAUGGUCAGAUUCUAGUAAGUGAGGAGACCCGAGCAAGAAAACCACUUGAAGAAAUUAUGACCAAAACUGAAAUUGGAGAGUCAUCUAGAUAUAUCACUGUUGUAAAUAAGAACGAGGAAAUCUAUGAGACUCCUGAAAAGGUGCCCCAAGUUAUUAUGCCACAUGCCAGUGAAUCUGUUGGUCCAGUUAUAAAUAUUGAAGAAAAUGAAGAACGAGAUAGUGUGAGAAUAAGAAAGGAUGAUUUGAGAGAAUUACAGCACUCUAUUUCCACAAAAGUUGAUGAAUUCAAACCUGAACAAGAAGAAAAUGCACGAUUUUAUGAAAGUCCUUUCCAAAAGCAUCCACAACGUUGCCCACCUUUAUUUCUUCAAGAAAUUGAAUCUCAAGAAGUUUAUGAAGGGGACAGUUGUAAAUUUGUGUGUCACUUUCAAGGAUAUCCUCCACCCAUAGUGACGUGGUACAGCAAUGAUAUACCAAUCCCCCGGAACCGAGGCUAUAUCUCUCAGACCUCGGAAAACUAUUCAAUAUUAACUUUCUCUUCUGUUCUUCCUCAAAAUGAAGGUUCUGUUACCUGUGUGCUGUUUAACCAAUAUGGAACAGUAAAAACAACUGGCACACUUAAAGUGAAAGCAAAACAAGGGCACGGUGUCGAAGCACAUAGAGUCCCUGUGUUUCAUGAGUACACGGAUGAGGAAGAGGAGCUGGCAUUGGUGUUUGACCAAACAAAAGGCAUUCAUCCAUCUUUGAGACAAAAGGGCCAAACAAAUCUCCAUAUUGUUACACAACGACUAACCCCCCACGUCCUCCCUCUGCAGAUGUAGAAUUGCUUUCCUUCCCUGUAGAAAUUCAGAUAACAGCAGCUACUACUCCACCCCAGAACAGGAUAAAGAGUCCAGAGAACCGUUUCAACCCCGAGGAGGCUGGGAGCUAAAGCAAGACCUCAAGAUGAGCUUCUCGGUCCACCAAAACACAAAUUUAUAUUUCAUCUGAUAUUACUAACGAGCCACCAAAAUGUUACAGGAUGCCGAAGCAUAUCAGUGUGGAGAGGGGGGUUCCAUAAUACUUGAAUGGUUUGUUAUCUGGUGAGCCUAAGCCCAGUUGUAACAUGUUUCAAAAUGGAGUCAUGUUAAAGCAGAACCACAAGUUUCAGUUGAAGAAGUGCAUUUUAAGCCACAGAUAUAUAUAUGACCUCAAUUCUCAAGAUUCUGGAAAUUAAGUGUGUUGCUGAAAAACAAUUCAGGGAACAGCUGAGAGUGUUUCAGAUCUGACAGUGGAACCUGACACUCACAGGGAAUAUAGUCGAUUAGGAAAUAUUGGUGGAAUUUAUGCAAAAUAUUCCAAAAUCAACAAAUUCAAGGAGAAUCUGUGAGGGCGCGUUUUUAUGAUUACCCACCUGGUCCUUUUACUCCCCAAUCCAAUAUAAAAGAAUAUUCUGUAAGGGAAUGUUUUCAAAGCUUUGAGACAACUAAACAGAUAGACCAGAAAGCCCAGGUUCAUUGCACAUAUUCCAGAGAAAAACUACCUAGAUUUAUGCAGGGUGCUUCUAGAGCCACAAAAAUUAACAAGCCUGUCAGAGCCAAACUCGUACAAUAUCAGGGUGAGGGGAAAGAGGGACAUAUAAGUGAAAAAUCAAAGCGGUACCAAGUAGAGGGUACUGUUUAUCCAUUUGUCGAGGAUAUCAGUGAAGUUAAAAAAAUUAGAAAAGAGGUAAAAAAUGAUUUUGGAAAACUUGAAGCAGAAAGGGAAGAUGUGCAAGAAUAUGCCCUAUAUGACUAUUUACCAAAUAUCUACUCUGAGAGAACUUCUGAUAGUUAUGAUACAAAAGAUCCAUCUAUCAUUGUGUAUGAAGAACCCCUGGGUGAAGAGAGGUAUUACCCAGGAAAAAAAGUGAAGCAUAGAAUCAUUGCAUUUGAAAAGUUACAACGUGUAGAAAAAGGGGUUCUAGAAAAAAGACUGACCAGGAAAUUUGUCAAUCCUCCUCAAAGGAAGCUUGGUGACAGGGAGUUUCCAUUGAAGCCAGAGACUCAAGAUCAAGUAACCUAAGUCAGGCAGAGACAAUGUCCUCCAAACACUGAACGCAGAUUCCUCUGACAUUGUGAUGAAUUUAAAGCUGACUUUCUUCGCAAACUCUUAAGGAAUUUGAAGUGCAAGAGAGGGAACAACCAAAGAAACAGGUCUUCUAGAUCAGUCUACAAUUUCUGAAAGGACUGAACAUGAAGUACCUAUUACAUUUGACUUAAAGCAAUUCCACUACUCAAAUAGAAAAUGCAAAUAUAAAAUUCCAAGCAUUAGAUUGCAGUCAACCAGAAGCAUACUUUAAAAUCCAACGUCCUGCUUCUGAAAUAGCUGGUGCUGAGAACAGUUGUAUUUGAUCUAAAACAAAUGUAUUCUCAUAUAGGAGAUCCAGCAAAGGAGUUUCAAGGGCAAGAACUAGGCAGCAGGAAACACCUUACCAAGAAGAAAUUGGCUGGCACUGAAACAUUGCAAUCCGAAACACAGACAAUACCUCUAAAAGUGUGCAAGAUAACAUAUUCACCAAUCCAGAAAUUUCUUCCAGUCAAGGGUUUUCAAUAGGACUGUGAUGGAUAAAAGUCAUUUGGAUGAAAAUCCUUUUAUUUGGAAAAACAUACACAGGAACACAAUUUAGAAAUUUCACAUACUGAUAUUCUCUUAAAUCAUUUUCUGAAGAAACCCACAGUGAAUCAUGGGCCCCACUUCAAAACUCACUACUGAUGUUGGAGAAAUGGAAUUUCUGAGAAAAAAGUUCUCUAGAAAAUGGAGAUAGAAGUUUCAUUCACAUUUGAAAAAAGCAGCAAGUGAGGAAAAGCUUUUAGAGGUUCAUGAAGUGGAAGAAGAGCAUACUUUGGAACCAGAGUUGGCCCCAUUUCAAAAGCAGGGUGGAGAGACACGGGAUACGUCACUGGAAUUUUGGGAGACCACGAAGGUGUGAUGAUCAUGAGGCAGCUACAUGCCACAGAAAAGUCUCCUUGAGCUUCAUUCAUUCUUGACGACUGAGGAACAGGCAGAAUCCAAAUGAACAAACUAGUGAAAAAAGUGAUGCCUGUGGAAAAGAAAAAUGCUAUGAAGAAGUUCAAGUUCAAAUGAAACUUGUCUCUUCCGCUACGGAAGAAGGAAAGAUAGAAACUUGUUUGUCUGAAAAUCUACCUAAAUUGGAUGAAGCACAUACAGCAGAAGUAAUGGACUCUGAGACCGUCCCUAACACAAUACUUACUUGCUGCUGGAAAGCACCAAGUUCCUGAAAUGAAAGACACCACAUGCAAGGCAAAGCAUGUUCAGAGUGAAUCAAUCACAUCAAUGGAGGUUGAAGAAGUAACUUUCAGCACUGUGUAUGAAUAUUACAACCAACAACAGGAAACAUUAGGUCGCCCAUUUUCCUCCUGAAUCUGAUAUUUCGAUUGAUGUGGGAAGUACAAGCAGUGAAGAGAUCCCUGAGUUAGAUCAGUUUUAUACCCACCAUCCUCUGUUGAACAUUUUGAAACUCCAAAGUCUCCUGAUUUAAUAUUUUACUCCUUCAGAUACAACUAAACAAUCCUCAACAAAUUCAGGAGGUGAGACUAUUGCAAGAACCACACCUUUAGAGGAGCUGCCGAAAGGUACUCAACACCUUCCAAGGCGAGGUAGCAGAGAGAUAUUCCACACCCCAGGGGAGACACUAGAGAGAUAUUCCACACCCCAGGGGAGACACUAGAGAGAUAUUCCACACCCCCAGGGGAGACACUAGAGAGAUAUUCCACACCCCCAGGAGAGGCAUUAGAGAGAUAUUCUACACCCCCAGGAGAGACACUAGAGAGAUAUCUACACCUUUAGGAGGAAAACGGUUGAAAAAUAUUCUAUUCCUACUGGAGGACCAAACCCACUGGAAAACUUUAAAAGAUACUCAUCAAAAACAGAAAGGGAGGACAGUACACCAAAUGAACAUUUUCAUACACCUACAGAAGAGAGAAGUUCAGCUUAUGAACUAUGGCGUUCUGAUUCAUUUGGCACACCCAAUGAAGCCAUUGAACCAAAAGACAAUGAAAUGCCCCCAUCUUUUAUUGAGCCUCUGACCAAAAGGAAGAUAUAUGAGAACACAACAUUAGGCUCAUUGUUGAAGUUGAGGGCAUUCCAGUUCCUGGUGUGAAAUGGUAUCGAAAUAAAUCUUUGCUCGAGCCAGAUGAAAGAAUCAAAAUAGAAAGGGUGGGUAAUGUGUGUUCUUUGGAAAUUUCUAACAUUCAAAAAGGAGAGGCAGGAGAGUACAUGUGCCAUGCAGUAAACAUCAUAGGGGAAGCAAAGAGCUUUGCCAGUGUAGACAUAGUACCCCAAGAGAAACAGCAGUGGCUCUCCCACCUCCAGUAACACAUCAGCAUGUCAUGGAGUUUGAUUGGAAAACACUACAUCGUCCAGAACACCUUCUCCUCAAGAAAUUGUCCUGGAAGUUGAAUUAAGUGAAAAGGAUGUUAAGGAAUUUGAGAAGCAAGUGAAAAUAGUCACAGUUCCUGAAUUUACUCCUGAUCAUAAAAGCAUGAUUGUGAGUCUGGAUGUUCUACCUUUGAAUUUAGCAGAUCCAAGUAUGGCUUCAAGGGAAGAAGAAGACAAAGAUUUAAAAAUUGAUUUAGAAGUAUUUGAAAUGCCUCCUCGCUUUAUAAUGCCUAUUUGUGAUUUUAAAUUCCAGAAAAUUCAGACGCUGUGUUCAAUGUUCAGUCAUAGGCAUCCCUAGUCCCGAAGUUAAAUGGUAUAAAGAAUAUAUGUGUAUCGAGCCAGAUAACAUCAAAUAUGUGAUCAGUGAGGAGAAGGGAAGUCACACCCUUAAAAUUCGAAAUGUCUGUCCGUCUGACAGUGCAACAUAUAGGUGCAGAGCUAUCAAUCGAGUAGGAGAGGCUAUCUGCCGGGAUUCCUCACCAUGGGAGAUUCUGAAAUGUUUGCUAUGACGACAAAGAAAAGUAAAGUGACUUUAAGCAGUAUGAAGGAAGAAUUAGUCCUAAAGAGCAAAUAUUCAGACAGCUUUUUGAAUUUCAGGUGGUGGAAGGGCCUCCCAGAUUUAUCAAAGGUAUUUCUGACUGUUAUGCACCUGUAGGUACCGCAGCUUAUUUCCAGUGUUUAGUUCGUGGCUCUCCAAGACCCACGGUUUACUGGUACAAAGAUGGGAGGUUGGUGCAAGGUACAGGUUCAGCGCUGAGGAAAGUGGCAUAGGGUUCCACAACCUAUUCAUAACAAGCUUAGUAAAAGAUGAUGAAGGUGAGUACAGGGUGUGUGGCUACAAACAAGUCAGGAAUGGCGGAGACCUGUGCGGCCCUCCCCUAACUUAGUUUCCUGUGCAAUGUUUCGGUGCCUCAGUAAGUAGUGAAUCGAUUCGAGUGCUCCAGAGUUCCAAAUUAGAUCAAUCAAUAAAUUUCCAAAUAGGUCUACUCGAUUUGAAUUCAAUACGUGGAAAACGCCUGGGGAAAACAGUUUCUCUCUGAGAAAUCUUGUGUUUGUAAUACAUGUAAAUAGUCUGUCAUCUAAGCUGUGGAACCAUCACUGUGUCAACUCUGUUGUGAAUCAUCAAACGCAAUUAAAUAUCUCUGUGGCCACCUAA